CGUUUGGUGCAAUAACUUCCCAGGAGAUGGUGCUGCCCCAUCGAUGACCUCUCAGACGAGUCUCUGCAGGCCUGGAUGACUCAGUGUCUGAGUAGACUUGGCAGGUGAAGAUAAACCCUCUUGGAUUUCAGGUUGUCUGGACUUGCUCCAUCUCUGAGCAUUUGGCUAAGCCUCUGCUGCUGCAGUCAGAGUGAGCUCAUCUUCUUAGUGCACCAGGACUGAAUUUAAGUGGGAACUCCUGCCCGAGGGAGAGAGAGAAAGAGAGAGAGCUCUUAGGAAUUCAGUGUGGAUCUGGGGGAGACAGGAGGUAAGAUGACCGCCAGUGGACAGGACUUGACCAGCAGCGGAAACCGAGCCCACUGGGAAGAGGCCAGUACGGCGUUGAAGCCCUCCACCCCCACCAGGAAACCGCCCAAGCCGGAGAAUGCCAUCACCAUCUGCGUGUCUGCACGCGUCCUCUUCAACAUGGAGAAGGAGCAGCUCAUCUACGAGCAGCAAGGCCUGGAGGAGUACAUCAAGUAUCAGGUGGAGCAUGAAACGCAGCCGUUCAGCCCUGGACCUGCCUUCUCCUUCGUCAAGGCUCUGGAGGCUGUGAACACGCGACUGAGGGAGCUUUACCCCGAGAGCGAAGAGCUCUUUGAUGUCGUGCUCACGACCAACAACCACGCAUACGUCGGCCUAAGACUCAUCAAUACCAUCAAUCAUCACCAGUUGUUCGUUGAGCGCUUCUGUAUGACCGGGGGGAACAGUCCCAUUGGCUACCUGAAGGCCUACCACGCUAACCUUUACCUGUCAGCUGAUCCAGUCAAGGUUCGGGAAGCUCUGGAAGAAGGAAUAGCAGCAGCCACCAUGUUCGCCCCAGAGAAGAUGACGGAGGUGUCGGAGACUCAGCUGCGUGUCGCCUUCGAUGGUGAUGCCGUCCUCUUUUCUGAUGAGUCUGAGCGCAUUUAUAAGGCCCACGGACUGGACAAGUUCUUUGAGCACGAGAAGGCAAACGAGAACAAGCUUCUGGACCAUGGACCAUUGAAAGGUUUUCUGGAGGCUUUAGGAAAGCUACAGAAGAAAUUUUACGGCAAAGGCCAGCGCAUGGACUGCCCCAUCCGGACCUACUUGGUGACAUCUCGCAGCGCAGCCAGCUCUGGCACCAGGGCCCUAAAAACUCUGCGCUCAUGGGGUCUGGAGAUCGACGAGGCUCUCUUUCUGGCAGGGGCACCAAAGGGCCCCAUGCUGGAGAAGAUCAGGCCGCACAUUUUCUUUGAUGACCAGUUGUUUCAUGUUGAGGGGGCAGCAGAAAUGGGGACAGUAGCGUGCCACGUGCCCUAUGGGAUAGCUCAGAGAGUCGUCAAGAGAGAAACUCACGACAACGAGACUUCUUCAGCACCCAAGUAGCCUGGACCUCACUGUGAAAAGGCAUAGGAGGCUAAAGGAACGUAUUCAUGUGGGUCCUCAGCCACUGAGGAGGUUAGAGCCGUCUUUAAGACCAUGAAAGUAAUUCCUGGGAAUGGAUAGGGAAUGCAAUAUUACCCAGCUGAUGCAACAUUACAAACUAUUAUGUAAUCAUGGGACUAAGCAAUGGGAUGUCACAGGAGUGUGACACGACAACGUCAAUCAGUUCUUUUAUCAGCAAUUAACGACCUUUCUGAUGGUUGUUCAUCAGGUUGUUACAGUACCAGUUAACAGUUAAUAAAGAGUUGCUUUCUAGUAAGGGUUAUAAUAAACCAUUAAUAAAAUGUUUCUAAGUUGUAACUAAUGGAACAAUUAGGACAAUGUUUGGGUUGCGAGGAUCUAGAGUCUAGACCAAAAUUCACCACUUCUUCACGAACAUUAAUUACUACAGAGGAUAAAGAUCAGUCAAGAAUUCCCAAAUUAUUCUUUAACCAUAAAUAAAGCCGUUAGUUAAAACGUAUAAACCUUGAAGAAGAUCGCCUUAUUAGAAUGAGUUGCACUUAAUGCCGUUUGUGUUGGCCUUACUCCCGUAUUAUUUCUAUAUUUUUUUCUCCCAUCCCUAUAAACACCGUAUUACCUGUUAGAAAGAAAACAAUCCUAUAAAAGUUAUUUAAUAUCAAGCAGAACCAAAUAUUGGGCAUGUUAAACAUCUAUGAAUUCUCAACACUAUUUAUUUGAAGAUAUGCAAUCAGUCAUUUUAUGCAGAAUCUAGAUUAGCAUUUAUAAUUAUAUCACUUUACUGCUUGUCAGUGUGUUGAGGAGUUUUGAAACCGGUGCCUUUUUCCUCGCUAUCGCUGCAUGUUUUCCAUCAAUCUUGCAUGUUGUUGGUAUAUGUAUGUUGUAUGUGGUUAUUUGAUCAAUGUAUAUGAAUUUAUUUUAACAUCACAACUUGGUAAUAUUGAUUAUUUUACCCCCUAUUCAUUUAAUAUUUCUUCUUGUUCAAGACAAUAAUGUUUGAACAUAUUCAGCAUGUAUUUACAUGCGUCACGUGCAAUAUGUAUUUCUGCUAUUUGUUCCAAAAGUGUCGAAGGUUCGGUGUCUCACUGGUGGUGGUUGUCUUAUUUUGUCUUUUGGUUGUGCUGUUAUUGGUACUGUUGGCCCUGUUAGGCCAAACUUGCUCGGAUGAGGGAUCUGGGAAAGUCUGGGCGAAAUGAGUUGUGUGGACUGUUAUGCAACCAAGUCUCUCUGUUUCAAGAUAGAAAGUAAAAAAGACUACAUUCAAAAAGCACUCUUUCUUGUAAUUUUCACCACUAAAACGUAUUUAUUAUUAACUAGAAAAUGCAUUUUCUGCUGAAAAUGCGUUGGCAUGCUAACAUCUGAAAGCUUGAAGCUGAAAAAUGAAAAAUAAAUUGCUGACA